AAAUCAUCAUAAGAGUAUUAUUAUGGGUGUGUGACUUAGCUGCUCUAGAAAAAAAUCUUCGCGUACUCCAUUUAUCUAUGGGGUCUUGGUUAUCUUCCGCUACCACCGACAGAUCUCUAACGAGGAGCAGUGAACGACCGCUUGGUCUAGGAGACAUCCCGGAGAACUGUCUGGCUAUGGUUCUCGCUUACUUGGACCCGCCGGAUAUAUGUAACUUGGCAAGAACUAGUCGGUCUUUUCACCGGGCCUCAUCAGCCGACUUUAUAUGGGAACCAAAGCUGCCCGAAAACUACCGGAUCCUCAGUGAGAAACUGAUGUCAUAUAAAGGGAGUUGCGAGUGUUUGAUCAAGAAAGAGAUCUAUGCUGGAUUGUGUUGUCCUGUUCGCUUCUCCAGUGGUAGAAAGGAAGUGUGGAUGGAUAAAGAAGGAGGAGGGAUUUGCAUGUUGGUUUCUUGGAAGGGGAUGAAGAUAACAGGCAUUGAUGAUCGUAGAUAUUGGAGCUACAUCCCCACCCUCCAAUCAAGAUUUCACACUAUCGCGUAUCUCCAUCAGAUAUGGUGGUUGGAAGUAGAAGGAGACGUGGAUUUUGAACUUCCAGCGGGUAGGUACAGCCUUUACUUUCGUCUCAAACUCGGGAGACCAUCCAACAAGCAAUGCUCAACUACGACUCACCAAAUCCAUGGUUGGAACAUCAAGCCCGUUCGGUUUCAAUUUUCAGUAUCCAACGGCGAGCAUGCAACAUCUGAACAUUUUCUAAAUGAGCAAGGGAAAUGGUUGCGGUAUCAUGUUGGGGAUUUUGUUAUAGAGAACUCGUAUAAACCUACUAAAAUCAACUUCUCGAUGACACAAAUCGAUUGUACUCAUCAAAAAGGUGGUUUGUCCUUAGACUCGGUGUUCAUAUGCGACAAUAAACUUGACAUGCAAGAAAUGUUAUACCAUGCUUGUAAGGAUUGAUUGCAUAAGUUGUUUCAUGUGUUUAAAGUUGGUUAUGAAACGUUUAAAUGUUAUCAAAACAUCAUACCUUCAUCAAA